AUGGCGGUGACACUUCACUGGUCCGAUUACUUCGUCUUUGCUCUUUCUCUACUUGCCUACGCCCUAGUCGGUCUUUACUUCCGAUGGUCCACACAAAUCAAUAAUCUCUUUAAUCGAUGUCUGGGACGACCAAUCAAAGAAGUGAAGCCGCAGACUGCACAGGAGAUUUUUCUGGCUAAUCGCAAGCUGGGUGUCCUUCCAGUCAUGGCCAGCACAAUUGCCAGCUUCCUCUCGGCAGCAACCAUUUUGGGCAACCAUCUGGAAGUCUAUCUUUACGGCCUCCCGUUGAUGUGUAACCUUCUUGCCCAACUGGCAUUACAUCCCAUGGUUUCAGAAAUCUACAUGCCUGUCCUUUACAAACUGCAACUAUUCAGCAUUAACCAGGUUGGUUGGAGCAUUCAUAAUUUCAUCUCCUCAUUUUAGUACUUUGAGAUGCGUUUCGGAGUGGUUGCCAAGAUCCUGGCCACAAUUACUUUUAUUAUACAGACGGUGAGUUAGAAUCCUUUUUCAUAACCAAAGGAAUUCUCAUAGAUGAAAUCACAGUCGUCGUUUAACCUUAGACCCAAAUGCGAUUAAGUAAAUGCUAGAGUGGGGAGGGCAAACAUGUUUCGACAUGCUUAGUGGCGAGUGAACUCCGGAUAUUGGACGCUGUACACCAUUUAUCCAAUGAAAAGUUUCCUUUUCACCUAAUCAGAGCGUCUGUUAAGGCGGCGUUAAUCGCAUUCUGAAUUAAAACCCUGGCUGUUGAGGUUCGUUGGUGUAAUGUGCCAGCAAACGCUAUGAUAUGGCUGUCACUUAAUUGUAUUUUAUAACCAACCACCCCGGACUAUGUAAUUAGCGGUGUAGCAUUUCAGCUUUAUGCAGAGUGAAAUAUCUGGCUGCCAGCUGUUGGGCUUUGAAGGGGCGUAAUCUCGUGCUGAGUUGCUUUCCUGCCUUUUAAAUUGUUCGUAAUCUUCCCAUUCUUUUUUUUCCUCAACUGCUAGGUAUUUUACGUAGGUGCCAGUUUGUUUGCUCCCGCCGUCGCCUUGAGUGCAAGUAUGUUCCACCGUCUUUUUGUAUAUUUUUGCCGUCUGUUAAAUUCAUAAUUCCUACUAGAAUCCGAGACUACGCUGUGGACGUGUCCGGAUUUUAUCCGAAUGUAAAACAAUCCUCGAUGAGUUUAAGGUAUUUAAAAAGCAGAGAGAUGAGAUGAUACUCGCAUAGGACUUCUCUUGUCAAUAUUUGUUGUCUCCUUCGCAGUUGACGCACCAGUAAAUUCAGGUAACUUUUAAAGAUGAUUCGUAUUUGCCUUAAUGAGUAACCUACCGACAAUACGUGUCCAUGUUUGUGCGCAAACGGUGCCACUGAGAGAUCAAAACAUAGCUAGGACUAAAAUGUACUGUGUGUAGUAAAACGCACUAAGGUAAACACAGCAGUGGCAAGUGUUACUGGGAUUUUUAGAUUUUCCUAUGUUCAGAAUGAGGCUUUUUUCAAAUUUUCUAUUAUUUUUGCCUUCUGAACCUCAAAACUACUGAUAAGAUAUCAACAAUUCACAGCCACAACUUCACACACAGAGGGUGGUCUCGUAACCAUCACACGAUGAUAAUGUUGAAUUCGUACAUUUAUUUUAUGUGUGAUGAUCGACGAAAUCCACACUUUCAAAAAACCCUUUGCAGACUGCAGGACGAAUGGUCGAAUGUAAAAAGAUAAUGUUGACGCAAACAAUUCAAUUUUGCACACUCGGUAUACGUCUAUGCUUUCACUUUCAGUGACGGGUGCAAAUCUGUUGUUAACAAUUCUGGGAACUGGAGCUCUGACAACCUUCUAUACCGCAAUGGUAAGGGUACUUCUAGUUUGCGGAUAUACUUCGAGCUGGAGGGAUGAAAACUCAAUUCUGUAAAACUUGCCUUUGGUUGCUUCGUUUAACGAGACGCAUGUGAAGACACUGCAAACCUUUGUGUCCAGCGUUGUCAAGGGUUACUCAUAGCAUGACAUAAACGGACAAAUAUUUGGACACACACUUAACGUUCUGACAGUGGGUAUUUUAUUCGUCCUAUUAAUAUAAAUAUAAAUGGCAAUAUGAAUAUAUGUAAAUAUAAAUAAAUAGAUAUAAAUAAACGAAUAAAUUUAAAUGAAUAUAUGUGUGUAGUGAGGUCACUGUAUUGUACGAAUAGGCGUACACACAGUGAUGCAAAUCAUUCUGGGCAAUAUCAUAAAAUUAUGCCUCUUUUAAAUCUGACAACUUUUCGAAAUGGUUUAAGCACCCACUAAGGGCAAAGGGUAAUAACCCCAUCUUGCGCAGACGAAAAUACAUGGUUUAAUUAAGAAGACGUGUAAAGUUACUCCAUCUAUAUGCAGUGAAUGUGCUAUCUUCCGAAAUAUUCACCUAAAUUCCUAAAUCCAAUUUUAAAUAAAACGUACUGCUUAUAAAUGACUGCAAUAGUAAUUACCGCACAGAUGAACCCCAAGAAUUUGUCGGUCACAUUACGAUACCAGCUUUUGAACGAGCUUUUUUCCGGCCGUCUUCAAAAACUGCACUCCGAAAAAUGACUGCUUAGUUGGGAUGAAUUAUUCUUACCGACUUCCGAUGUCCUUGCAUGUCCUGCAUGUGUUAUAGAAAACAUGCGCAAAACAUUCUUCCUGUUAUGCAUUUAGUAUUAAAUCAUAUCCUCUUCGAAUUUUUACUUGCAUAAACUCUACCUCUCACUUCCUAAGACCCUGAUAAUUAUACGGUUUUUUAGGACUGUCAAGUGUCCAAUCACACAGCAUCGUAUCUGCGCACUUAUCAAUGCUGUUUAUAAGGUUCACAAAAUGGUCCAAAUCAAUUACGCAUUUUUAUGAGUCAUAUUUGGCAUCAGCCUGAUAGCAUAUUGCAAGGAUUGUGUGCGUUUACUAUGCCAUGAUUCAGCAACCUGUGGCCCUCACAGCCUGGUGGGCACUGGCAGUACCAUAUGGCACCUGAUUCUCUGACAGCAGAUGAGUUUGCGCUCCCGCUGGGUAUACAGGCCGUGUACAUGUUUGCCCAGUGACUUCUGUCAUCCUCGCCUCUGCCUGACUCGUUUUUGUUGCUGGCUCAAAUUCUGGUCAAGUGUUUGUUGAGAACCAAGAGGCGUGAUGCUACGCCUAGGCGCGGUUCCGGUCGUGCGAACCAUCCGCGUCCUCUCCCGCCUGCGGUCUUCUUGAAUAUGUCUUGACACAGGGCUCAGGGGAGAGAGAAGGAGAGAGUGCGGUAGAUGCUGCGCAAGUCCACUAUCACUAUACACUAAUCCACGCGCCAGUCAUCGUGCCUGCUCUCACCCUGCUGUAGGGCACACGGUGAACAUCGUCGGCAACGACGAUCGAACUGUCACUGGAUGAAUCGUUUAAACACACAGUUCGUAUCUAGACACGUAACCAACUAUUUGUGCGUCAUUUCCGAGUCCCAAUAUUUACUGCAUUUGAAAUAUAGCGAUUCACACAAGACCUAUGCAAUACAUGCAAUCGAGUAAUUUACCACGAAAAAUGUUGCGUAAGGGCAUGUGAGACGGUACAUGCUCCCGGCUCCCAAUUAUUGUCAUACAUUCCUGUCAUACACAAUGCGUUACAGGGCACCUUGCACGCUCACGACGCCCCAGAAGUCCCGUUUGCGAAUGUCUUCCAGUGGCAGGCUAACUUUUACACCCGUUGAAAUGAGUGUCAGACCUUUGUGCGUUCCUGGCCAUAUGGUUUCCAUUGUGAUCCUACGUGUAAGAGAUCUGAACCCCCCCUUGUCACCUUGAGGACUUGUUUGCGUGAAAUUUAGGAGGUCCGACUCGACGCACUCAGACCAGCCAUUGAAAAGUUCCAGGCCUAGACUCAGGUUCAGUUUCAGUCUUUAUGACUGUGUGCCGUUACUGAAAUAAUCGCAACUUUGGAAAAAAAGGCGAAGUGAAUGCAGCUCACUGCCCCUUCCUGUAAACACUUUUACACAGAUGUCACCAUUGCGAUCUUACAUGUCUGGGUUAAUAACUUGACUUCCAACUGUUAAGCUACCGCGCAUAUCUCUGGUGAUCAAAUAUGCGAGAGUUAAGGUUCAGUGAGCAUGCAAUAUUAUUUAUAUUUUUCUUGUCCAUUUAUUCAAGAAAAAACAUACUUUCUCUGUAAUUUAGGGUGGUCUCAAAGCGGUUGUUUGGACCGAUGUGAUCCAGUUGGUCAUUAUGAUGAUCGGCAUGAUUAUGGUCCUCGUCAUGGGGCUCAUUUCUGUUGGUGGACCCGUUACAAUGUGGAACACGGCACUGAUGGAUGGAAAGAUCGAUCAAGUCAGGUAUGAGCAUUCAAUCUUCAAUUAUUAAACUGUUUCCUUUGUAAGAAGAAACGAAUGUGAAAAGCAUAGUUGUUUCUGCGCGUCUGCGAUGUCUGCUGGAAUGCAUAAAAGGGUUAAGGAUGUUUUCUGAAGUGGUUCAGCUAAUUUGACAAAACCUGGUAAUCCGCAUGCUUUAUACUUCAUCAUGCAAACUAAGAGACCAGCACGAUUCCUGAGUGUGCGAACAAAACAGGGAGACUUGGCAAACGGUGAAGCGGCUGCCUCGGCGAUAUGGGCAUGUCGGGGACGAAUUUGCUGCAACUAGUGCAGGAUUUGUCCGUUGACGGUAUGGAAGAUAUUGGACCUCGUCAGUUCGCUUUGGUCUCCUACAUCUCAUUGGCUGAAACAGUCAUUGUUAAUGAACGUACGAAAGAUCGCCACGCCUGCCGAUUAAGCGCGGGACUUUUCUGUUCACUGAAUUGACUGCAAGGCAUUCCAGUGGCUGUUUCAUAGUUUCCACCCACUGCUCAUCUUAGCCUACUUACCGGCCAGAGUCCCUGGUAAAAUCACCCCUAGAAGACUCACUUGGGCAGAUACUCAUCAGACACUCCCACAGCGUGGUUACUUCAUUGACGUUAGAUCUGUCUCAGCCUCGCGGAGAUAUUCCGCAUUCCGACUGGCCUUAGAGGCCAAAUGUCCAGACUCUCACCACCCAAUUUGAAUAUUCCAAGAAGGCAACUUAGAUUGAGGUGUAUUGGCUUCCUCGCUUGUUUUUUGGUUAAUUGAUUGAGUCUCCGUGGUGAGGGAAAUUUUGUUAGGACACCAGACGUAUGCAUCAUUAACCGUUGUUGAUUAGAGUGGCAUAAUGGUUUCCUUCAAUGAUAGAGAUCUAUGUGAUGCGUUUUUGUAAUCAUAUAUUUGCCUUCCAUUUUAACUCUACUAGCAUUUUUAAAUGAGCAAAUUGGUCUACCAUGUUGAGGUAAAUCGUACUGGCGGUCCGUUCAAAAUUGUUAUUCCGAAUUUAUGCAUCUGGAAACAAAAACGUCUCAGGACUCUUACUCGUUUAGCACUCCCCACUUGAAUGCUUUAUUAUCAGCUGCUGCCCGUAGCACAUCUAUCGAUCAAUAUCAAAUCAGUACUUUGAUCGCCUGUGCACUGAUGCUUUUUGUUUGUCUUUAGCUUCAGUCCAGAUCCUUUUAUUCGGUACACAUUUUGGAGCUUGACUAUUGGUUCUCUGGGGACAUAUCUUCCCACGCAGGCCUCCAAUCAGGCUCAGGUUCAGCGAUAUCUUUCCUGCAAGAGUCUGAAGACAGCGAAGAUGUAAGCCUCUGUUCCGAAAAGCACAUUUUAUUUUUUGUCCUCCUGCAAUUGACAUGCAAAUCUUCCGAUUGAUAAUCAGACAGGUAAGUGUACAUAUUCCGUCUGUAUAGCGAAAGAUAUUUGGUUGAUAAUUUGUAAGAAGAACUCAGGAUACAGGGGAGGAUGACAUGAGUACUUCACAAAUUAGUUGUUGUAUAUAGUGUAUUUUAGGGUAAUAGCCAAUGCCAAUGCAGACCCUAUUAAAAACGGUACACACAAUAUAAGUGUUAAAUGCACAUCUUACUAAAUAUUUGCCAGUAACAUAUUUGGUUACGGAAACGUUUUUACAGUGCGGGACUGCGGGUGUGGCGGGUGGUCGUUUCAAAGUACAUAUGAAAUCUUAAGUGCAAUUAUAUACAAUCAGCAUGAAGUGCAGUCACUUGCGUAGUUUGAGAGGAAAAAUUGCAUUUAAGGUCAGGGCUGUGUUACAAAGGGAUGAAAUAAAGAGAUGAAAUUUAUGCCUGGCCGCAGAUAGUCCUGCAGUGAGAGUCGUCUUUUAUCAUGCGUUAGAUGCACUUCGAUGCACUAGAUAUUAAUGUGUGUAUGUAAGUUAUUAAUUUUCGCUGUGUGUGAGAGAGUGCCAACUCCACAUGUUAUGUGGGAUUUAAACGCCCCUACUCGGUCUUCCAGUGAAUAUUCAAAAAUUGAGUUCCAAACGGCAGGAACUCCUAAUUAGAUAUGGGACCAAAACAGUCCUCCUAUAGGCACAUUAUUAUGAGAAGUUUGCAUCGACAGAUGCAUUCGGAGGACUGGUCUUAACACUGUCCUCUUCGAACGACGCAUGUAAUAUGCUUACUAGACUUCCAUAUUCAAGUGCAUGCAUGGUUAUAUUCAGAUUCACUCGAAUGUGCAUUUGCCUGAUCACGCCCACGCCUGAUAACCGCAUUUACGUUUCAUUUAUAAUUACUAGAGCAAUCCUACUGAACAUACCAAUCAAUACCAUCUUCAUCAUUCUACAUGUCGCCAUUGGCCUCGUUUCCUACGUCUACUUCCGUGGAUGUGAUCCGAAAAUGAGUGGCGAACUUCCGCGUUACGACAUGCUCUUCCCCUUCCUUACGUUAAAACUUUUCGCAAACAUUCCCGUCCUUCGAGGUCUCUUCCUGUCCGUCAUUUUUGCGGCAGCAUUCAGGUUGGCUUUUUAACGCCUAAUUAACUUUUCUAGUAUUGACUUAUAAGCUAUAAGGGUCAACAAUUGUCAAUUAGCGAAAAGAAGCGCUUAACAAUCAGAUUUCUACAUAAAGGGAGUGACAAAUUUACUUGAAUUUCGUGAGCGAGCAAUAACUUGUUGCUCGUACGCUUGUCAGUGAGCACUGGAAAUAUUCAACAGGCAUCUGGUCAGCCGAAAUAUCUAAGUAUUGCGAAGGCACUGCUUAGGCUACUUUAAAAAAGGUUGUUCCCAUUCAUAUGAGAACUAACGGCUAUAGAUACCGUGUUCUGCAUGAACGACUUAGUACAUGUUGUUACCUAAAAUUUGUGUUUACGAGAACACAUGUUCUUACAAAUAUGCAAAAAUUCGAGACCCAUUAGUGACACUUCGACUAUAAAUUGUCGGAAACCCCAUUCUCCCCUCUCAGUUCCAGUGUGUAUAAUUUUCAGUAGAGUAAUAUCAAUGAAAAGGACAUAUCAGUUCGACAAAACCAAUGGAGCUAAAUUGUUUAUUUCAUACUAUCUGUUGCCGCCUUAAGUUAUUUUCUUUAACUUCUGAGAACAGCUCUUCACUUUUCGUUUGCAGCACGAUAUCUUCGGGGCUUAAUAGUCUGGCUGCCGUUGGAAUCCAGGAUAUAUUUUUGCCCAUAUACAAGAAGAAAAAGCCGGACGGGGAAAUUAAAGCGAAACGGCUGACCUUAAUCUCUCGCCUUGUUGGUAUGCGCUUGCUGACUGUUCAGAUUUAUUUUUAUUUGCCAACCUGCGUGACUUAUUUGGAUAUGUAAACCUGACGUGAGACCCAUACCGUACAUGUCAAGGCCUGGUGGCGGUAGUUGGGUAAGGUAGUGCCCGACACGCGUGGGCGGGUUAUGUAGCCUUGCGAAUACUGCGAGUGGCCGAUCUCAUGAAAUGUUGGCGGAAGGAUUACAUAGUCGCGGUUGUAAUAUUGAUUAUUUUGCGGCUUAAUCCUAUAUUAUGUCGGACGCGGCAGGGUGUUAGCUAUUGAAUGCACUGCUUUUCAAUCUCCUGUUGAAGCCGUACUCGGUAAAAAAUGACAACUUAAGCAGCAUGCAUUUUGUCCAUCGAUUUCCUAUGGUCAUGCAAAUUCGAAUAUAUCUUAUAGGAAGCGCAAAUAAAAAUAUGCUUUCGGCCAGUCGUUUGAUAGGGAAUGACGUCAUCUUUAUAUUUUUAACUCGAAGAAGGAAUAUAAAUAGGUUUUAAGCAAGUAUUCUAAUUGUCGAACAAUUUGGAGCCUGAUCAGUCGUUGCGUCAGCGCUUAGGGAUUUUAGUCUACAAGGUGCUUGCGUUCCGCGUAAAGAAAAUUACAUAUUCUUCUGUCUUUAAAAAGAUACCAUAUAGAGCCCAUAAAAUUUUGCAAUCGAGGCGGACUAUGAUGGACAUUUCCUGAGGAGCAGUGAUAAACGGACAGGUAUAGUGCUAUAUGAAUGGACAUUUCGCGGUCUUAAAGAAUCCCAUAAUUAGAAAUCUUUUAAAAACCUAAUUAUACUAAUUCUUCGAGUAUAAAAUAUAAAGAUAGUGUGAUUCUCUACCAACCGACCGAAAGAAGGCAUAUUUUUUACAGUUACAUAAGAUACAUAUAUUUGCAUUUGCACGACCACCGAAAAUCAAUGGCAAAAUGCAGUCUAUUCAAGUUGUCAUUUUGACCGAGUACGGAUUCUACAUCAGAUUGAAAGGCAGUGCAUUCAAAAGCCAACAUCCUGCCGAGUUCGACAUAUUAUAGGACUAUGUCAAAUCCUAUAUUGCUGAGUGAGAUAUAAAGCCAUGAGAAUUCUAAAACAGUUUGCUAUGAACUUAACUGAUGCACUCUUAUUUUGAGUUUAACUCUUACUUGUCAUGACACUUCUGCGCCAAGUCACAAAUAACUGCUCCAUAAUGAGUAGGCGCUUUGUAAUGUCUUUGUGGAUCUCCUACCUCAAACCUUGGAUGCCCCAAAAUACUGACGGUUAUCUGCCCUACCUUGGCCUAUAUUCUCUGCUUCUUAAAUGGCUUCUUAAUCAAACGCCAUAGCCAGGAAUUUGAUCUGACAGCCACUUGUAAAUUGGCAUCCACGUAAACCCAAGAAAACCUGUUUCGAUCUGUAAUGCAAGUCAAUGUAAACUUCUGUCUUUCAGAGUAGUUACUGCGGAUGUCAGCUUAAUUAUUUUUCUGCUAUACUCUGCCUGAUAUGCCCUCAUCUAUCUCCUUUGCAUCCCCAAAUUAGCUGUCUUCCUGGGUCUUAUAACAACUGGAAUCGCAGUGAUUCUAAUUUACUCAUCACCCAACAUACUUCGGAUAAUUCUCAAUAUUUUUGGGGCCACUGGAGGUCCAAUCUUUCUACUGCAUACACUGGGAAUAUUCUUUCCAUUCAUUAAUAAUUGGGUAAGCGGUGCCAUUUUUCAUUUGCAUAUUACAAUGUAAAAUUAUAUAAGAUGAAACUAUAAUUAAAUAUCGUCUACGAUGUUCCUGCUUUUGAAACAUAAGUCAUUAAUCUUUCAGUCUCUGUAGGAACCGGCAAAUGAAUCAUAUUAAGGGUUAAAUGCUCUCGUCUGGUGGAUAUGCGCUACGGUAGAUCCUUACCGCCUAGAUAGAACCCUAUCUAAAAUGCAUACGUUGCAGGUUUCACCAGUAUCAGCGAAUUGGCGACUGUUUUGCGGCCGCCUUCUGUUGCUUCGUAAAUCAAAUAACGAGUAAUAGGUACAGAGUAGUUUGGAUUCGUUCACAACAUUUGUGUGAAAACUGCAGGGUCAUAUAUCAGGGCUUGCAGUCUAGUCAAUGAAGUCUAGGCAAUAGAAGCCGGAUUAAAAAAGACUUAAGUAUGCAAUUGAUCGUACAAUUUAAGAGACCAGGGACCACCAAGUUAAGACCCUCUAUUCGCCGUAAGUAAGCCUUCUCCAUUGAACCAGGUGCCUGACCUAUCCACAAGCACGCAAAGGAUUUAAUUGCUGGACCACCUGAAUACUACCCAUAUGCAGGAGGAAGACAACUGCAUCGCCUGUUUAGUUACUUCUUUUGCUGAUUAGAGAAGGAACAAGAGCUUGAAGGUUACCCGAGGCGUCUUUCAUACCUGUAUAAAGUUGGCCGCAUAUACGAAAGCAGUGAUUUGUCAUCCGGCAAUUGAUCCUCAAAAUUGUGCGAUACUUUUCCCCAGAAUAAAUUCCCUGGUCUUCCAUAAAGGGACUUCGCAAAGUAGCUGACUUGGUAAGAACUACCAACGAGACUUAAAAAACACCAAAACAUAUUUGAACGGACCAAUUUAAAAAACGUCAGCUACAUUGCAAAGCAAAUAUUGGGGAGAAGUACGUGGACAUUUACAACUUGUUAACCAUCCUCAGACAUCCUCAGGAGCGGACUACGGACAAGCGAGGACACGAUUCAGGACUCUGUCAUUUAGUCCGGGGUCACUGAUGUCUGCGUUUUCAGAAAUAUUACCAAUCCAAUUAUGCAGCGACUUUCAGGACUCAUGACCCAAAAUUGAGCUGUACCCUGCGUUGUCUACCCGCGAGAGCAUUAGAAUGGGUCUGAAGGUCUGCUUAUUCCUCGGCCCUGGAAGUCUUGAUAACCCUUUGUGACAUUUAAGUUAAGUUCAAUGUCACCAAGUAAACUUUUCCUUUUUCCCCUCUGCCAUUGCUUAGUGGUCCACUGUGUAGGGAAUUAUGCCGCCAGUAAAAGUAUGACCUAAUAGAGCUCCAUUUAUGCGAUCUGCAGAAUGAUUGCUGUUUCUAUUAUUCUCAACCACUGAACAUGCGGAGUUUGUUUCUGAGCAACCGUUCCGGAGAAGGAACUGGUAGGGGGUCUGCUAUUCUUCAACUGAUUUUUAUAUGGCCUGACGCAUCUCUCAUCUCCCAGGCAAACCUAGCAUGACGCGCAAAAAUAAGGAGGUCCACUUCGACUGCACUGCAGACAAGCUGAAGUCACGGUCCGUUGGUGGACUACAAAACCAAACAGUACAUUCAGGCUAGCAAAAGUAAGGGAGCCGGGUCGAUAAUCUGAGGAAAAGGGGAGCGCUCAGCGGAUCUAGGGACUUUUUUGGUUGACGUUUCGAAAAGCUUGGGCGGCCCUCCAUUACCAAAGUGUCUAGUGCAAAAAUCGAUUAUGAGUGAGUGUUGGUGUCCUCCUUUAUUGUGUGCUGUCACCUCAAUUGGGGUUUGCGUCCCACUUUUGGGUGAUUUGGUCCAUUCAAACCGCCAGUUAACAGCUAAAAUUAUCUCAAUAAUUCUCACAGCCCGUCGAUUAUACACUUGACUGUGUGCACAGAAAGGUUUGAAGAAAACGGCAAAGGAGGCUUAUGGUGCACUGCAUGGGUUUUAAAUUUCGUGAUGACCAAUCAAAACUCCGGGUUAGUGGUCAUAACUGGCGAAUAGCCCGAAUACGGCGAGGCGUACAGGUGAUGGUGGAUUGUUUUCCUUCACUUUUCUCUGGGAACUUAACUUUGAUAGUGGCAGUUACGUGCAAAGUCGUUAUUAUUUUCUGGGAAUUCUGCAUGCUUUAAACAAAAAUAAAGGAACAAGGGACAUGUUUCAAAGCAAACAAGAUUCCUGCCCAGAAUCAGAGCUAGCUGCGCAGAAUGUCAUGAGAAGACAGAAAUAGACUAGUAAUUCUGAACAACCGUAACACUGCGUGUCAGUAUCCAUACUUCUCUUCCAAAUACUUCCACUAAGAAGGCUGGUAAGAGCGCUCCAUCAACAUCGAAAUGGAUGGUAGUUUAAUUUCAAAUUUUGUACUACAAACUAAAAUGGAUAGACAAACGGUACGGAAAGACUGUAUAAAUGCCCUUUCUAUUUUACAGGGUGCAAACGUCGGAUUUAUCGUCAGCGUGGUUGGCACAUUUUGGGUGUCGAUCGGGGGCAUUUUCAGAAACACCAUAGCUGAUGUACCCGGCCGUCCCCCCUCAACGGAGGCUUGUCCUGCUCCUGGCACCACAACGUUGAUGCCCAAUGUGACGACCACCGCACCUGCCCCCCAGUCCCAACUGUUGGAUCGCGGAUUUAGUUUCUAUGACCUCUCCUUCCUCUGGCUGACAGCUUUCGCCAUGCUCAUUGGAUUCUUGGUGGCCAGCAUUGUGAGUCUUGCUUCAGGUAUGAACUCAUCCAGACUAUAUUCAGCACUGAUUAUAAUGUGUUUAAAUGGUGUUUCCUUCCCAUCCGUCGAUCUUACGUCGGGUGAGAUUUAUCACUGUCCUCUCUGAAAUGCAAAUACGCCCCACAAAUUCGAUAAGCUGUCUGCACAUACCGUAUGCGGAGAUCACUAGCUGUAUUCGUUGAAAUCGUGAAAAGUGCGCUCCCAUGAUUUAUAACCUAUUAAAAAAUUGAAAGACAGUUGCCUGUCGCUCCCUUGACAGUCAAACUCGAGUUUGUUCAGACCCGAGAGUACAGUUCGUUGGCUAUACCGCUUUAAUUCUUCCCACGACGACCAAAACGUGUGACGCAUGAGAACCGCUUGUAUAUGCUUUAUUCGAAAUUGCAAAUGCUACUUUGCGUUUGAUAAAAUUGGGGUUGUAACAGAUUGCACAAUCUGAAUCUACCUAUUUCAUCGAACUGCUAUUGAAUCCGUCCUCUGUUCUCAAUUAGUGAGAGUUUUGCAUACUUUUGAUGAUUUAAAUCCAAGUAAACUAUUUUUUAAAGGCAUGAACACCAAAAAACCAAUUCGGCAGUCCCUGUUGGCCUCCCAAGCAGUUUCCUUCUACAACUGCUUUCCAAACUGUCAUCCAGCCCAAUCCUAUGACGACAGUGGAUCUCAAGUAAGUUCCAUUUGCUUUUAAUUUAUGAGUGGUGAAUGCUCGGGUUGCAGAUGUAUGUCUGGGUAAGAAAGAGGAUGACUAAUCGAACAAUGGAUCAACAUAACAUAUUAUUCUGGACUUUCAAACUCGUACAGGUGGCCAUCGUCAGAAAUGACAGCGGCAACCCAACAAGCGACAUCUGUGGAGGUAUUAACCAAUCAGAGAUUAGUGAUUCAGGUCUGCAGGUGACUGCACGUUGCCCGCAUGCGGACGUCAGAUCGAUACAUCGAUUGAUUGAGUUCUUAUCCAGUAGGCCCGAACAUCAAUCACUAAUUGGUUGGCAUUGCUUCUGGUGUGGUCGGCACUGGCUGAGAAAUCCGACAUUUUAUGAAGUGUUAACAGGAUCAGUUGGACAUGCAAAUAUAUUCUUAACCAUGCGCAACUUAUAUGAAGUAGACAUGUUAUUGCCAAACGAGCGAGUAUAGUUGUGGAACUUCCCAUGACAGUAUGCAAAAUACCAGUUGGCGCGCAUACAUUUGUUUCGAUAAAUUCCCAUUAGGCCAGUACAUUUAUACGGGAACUGAGUACAAAUCAAACAUGUCGGUGAUUGGCGAAACUGAUUAAAGUUGGUUUUAGAAGACAGACGGGAUGAAAGCGCGUGCGUGUGGUCAGAAGGCUUUUGGCCAUGAUACGUGCCGAGUAUGAAUGAGGUGCUUCUGCGCGCUUAGCGUGGUCCAGGUCAACUAACCACAUGCAACUUCCUUCUACUCUCAUCCCAUCUGUGUUUUAGGACGAACUUUGGUUGAUUUCUCUAAUCACUCACAUGUCUGACUUGUAUCCUGUUCCCAUAUAAACGUGCUGGUCUGGUCGAUGUGAAUAAUCCAUUUGACCCAGUUGUGUAAAUUGGCCAAAAAGUGAUUUAAUUCACGGCUCCCGGUGGGCCUCGUAUCUCAGGUGGUUAGCAUGUUGGCUGUGCUCACGCCUUGCCCUUGCACUCGUGGGUUCGAAUGCCACCGCGGCCACCGAAUUUUUGAAAAUUUGGCCAAGGGAUAUUUGUGCAUGCUAUCAUCAAGAGUUAUGAAUCCAUAUCAGACGUAAAUAAAAAGACUGGACGAUUUCUGUGGAGGGGAACUUUUCAGCAUUUCCCCUAAAAAGUCCGUUAUAUAUUUUUUCUAAUUAUAGGGCGAAGCAGAAGAUGAUACCUGGAUGUCGUAUAUGGAGGGAGACAAACAAAGCGACCAUCACGACAAUCACUCCUUGGUCAUGUACUAA